UGGAAUGUAAAAAUGGAAGAUUAGUAAUAGGUUGAGGUUAAUUAUCCUGACAAAAAUAUGAAUAUGCUGUUAAGAGUACAUAAUACAACGUUUCUUAUUUUAAAUAUCCUAAUAAAUCUUUCUCUAAAGUUUAAAAUUUAUGCGCUUACUGCUUACCUAAGUAUUCUCAAUCAUACUGUCUUUGUUUUUCCUAACUAAGCUUCUCCAGUUUGAUAUAACUGAUUUUAUGAUUCACUUAUUUUUACAACCCUAAUUUUUAUGAGUGUACAACUCGGUCAUAGCGUGUACUGCUUGUUCGCAUGUUAAGUGCUUCAAAGAUACAAUCACAUAGGAAUGGCUUAUCAUGGUUUGAGCCGAAAAGGAUUUCAUUUUAUUUCCCUGCUCACUUAAUGAACACACACAGAGUUAUGAACAUGAAUAUUUUCUAUUCGUCCUAGUACCUACUCGCAUGUGGUAAAGAAGUGCAUAAAAAUACAUACAUACAUUUAACACAAGGACUAAAUUAAAUUAAUAAAAUUAUAUUUCCAUGGAGGCGUGUUAGAAAAGCUCAAAAGUGACUUUUUAAAUUAAGUUUUGAUACUCACAUUGUCUGAAGUUUAUUUUUAAUAUUUUUAAAAUUCUAUGUUGAGAAAUAAAAAUGAUAACAGAAAUUUAAUUUAAAAAAUACGCUGUCACUUUGUUAUUAUUAUUGAUAUUAAAAAUAAAUGUUGAAAAUAAAAGAAUAACUUAUAAUAUUUGUACGUUGUGCAUUUCGAUGAAGGGCCACAAAAAUAAGCAUUUACUUGAAUUAACCAGACUUUUGUAGGUACAAAUCUAUGUUUGGGAUAAGUUUUCAUAAAUCCCAAUGCAUCAUUCACUAUAAGUUUAAGUUAUAUUUUUUUAUAAGUGUCUAUUUUGUAGACCUUAAUUUAUUUGUUUUUUUUUUCAACUAAAGAUAUCUGUGAAGCUCAUUAAAUUUGGCAAUCAAGCCAUUAAAUUCGUUCAUCCUAAAAGUUAAAGUAAUCUACUAGCAGCGUUCAAUUUGUUAAUGAAAAAUUGUUUGCGCUAUUAAGCUGUUUUAUUAGAGUGAAGAAUUUCAUGUUGUUUCUGCAAAUUUGUAUGGUUGUCUUACCAAGUAUUAGUCCUACUUUAUUAACUCUAUACAUCCUGUUCAAAUUUAAAAAAAGUUAAAACAUUUUUCCAAGCACAAACUUUCUUUUGUUCCUUUUGGUGGAGACAUGCUCACCCUCUGAUGACAAAUUAUAGUUUUGUGAAUUAAAGCCUCUUAUAUUAAAAACAUGCAUAUUAUUCUUUUAAUAAAGGUUUGAUAGAUAAUCUCUAGACAUAAAACUUUUGUUAUCCAACUAAUUAGUUAAGAAAAUAAUGUUACAAAAUAAGUUGUUCUUAUACCAUUGACACAAAAAUAUUGUUCCUUUUUUAAUUAAACAGAAAUUAAUUAAAGAAAUAUUACAUUGAAUAUAAAUCAAUACUUUCCAAUUUGAUUGUCAUCGAAAGAGCACUUUUUAAUUAGAUACUUAUGUAUAGGAGGGUUUCUCGUUUCUUUUCAGUUAAAGAUAUUCUGAUGAUAGUGCUUCGUUUUUAGAAUGCAAUUAGUCAUAGGGCUAGGGCAUUUCAUUUUUAAUGGCAUUUAAAUUUGUUUUCCAUUGUUUAACUUCUUGUUCUGUAAUGAACACUUUAAUGUUCUGUGAUGUUUUUCUGCCAUGUGUCUCCUUCUGAAAUCACUUAAUUUAAGUAUAAAAGAUCGAACCAAACAUUUUAAACUAUCAGUUCGAACACAAAUCUCUAGUUAUUAAUAACAUGGCUCUGAAGAUAGCAACUACUCUUGUCCUCAUCCUUGCACUAGGACAAGAUAUAAAUGCAUCAUUUUUUGGACUUUUUGGGUCAUCAAACCCAACUCGAAAACCGGAUGCAGUUGUGAGCGAGUCUCCAAAAAGUGAAACCGAUAAUAUUGCCUAUCAAAAUUAUCUUCGUUCAUUGGCAAGUAGUACAUACUAUGUGCCUACUAAUACUCCACCUCCACCACCAGUGCAAUAUGUUCCCGUUUACACAUAUCAGUUGUAUCCACAUCAAAAAUCAAUUUAUCAUGCUAGAAUUACGCCAAAAACAGUUCCAAUUCAAUAUCAUUACCAGCCAGUCAAAGCACGUGUUGAUUUGCCAAAUACUAAAUUAGUAAGGCCCAUCACAGUGCUUCCAUCAUCUUCUUAUGAUGAAUCAUCUAUAAGUUCUUUUGGGAGAAAUAACAACUUAAAUAAAUUUAUUGAGUCUUCACCAGCUGCUUCUCAAAAUGAUGUCCUAACAAGAGUAAAAACACAUGAGUUUGAAAUUCCAGAACCUCAAUUAUCUGCAACCUUAUAUGAUCUUCCGAUUACUGGAAUUUCUCCUGACUAUCGUACCGGUGGUUAUGUUACAAAAAUGAUGACAGCCAGUUCUUCAAAUAGUGACAACACUAGCUCGAACCAAAAAUUUGGUCAUGCGUAUGAGAAUGGAGAUGGAACUAAAGUUUCAGAGGAAGGACAAUUAAUUCAAUAUGGAAAUGGCCAGGAGACUGUUGUGAAACGUGGACAAUAUGAGUAUAUUGAUGCAAAUGGAAAACCAGUUUCAGUCAAAUGGGUUGCUGAUGAUAAUGGUUUUAGGUUGGUAAAUUAAAAAAAAAAUUAAGAAAGAAGUUCGAAUAAGUUUUAAGAUUUCAUAUUUAUCAUAUUAAUUAUCGGUUAGUAAAUUCAUUCAUUAUAAGUAAUAAUAUUUUAUAUUAAAAUUUAUUUUUAAUAAAUCGCUCUAUUAAAAUAAGUCUUAUUUUCAGAAGAUGCUUUUUUAUUUCACAAGAAAAAAAAAUAUUCUGAAGUAUAUUUAUUUUACUCUUUCCUCACGGUCUAAUACCAUCUUAAUUAAAAGAUACAUAUAAUAUAGAGAAGAAGGACAGAAAGUUAAAAUUGCAUAGUGUUGGAUUAAAAAAUAUAGUUAUUUGCACUCCAAAACGCUCAACGCAUAUACAGUAAUCAGUAAAAUUUCAGAUUAGAGAAACACAAAUGAUGAUAUUUUUCACUUUAUUGCAUUCUAAAAUAGUUUUGCGUUAUUUUACCGCCCUAGUGAGUGCAUAAUGAAGUCCAAAAUUUGAUGCACGUAUUUUAAUUGACAUACAAGAAUUACACAUUCCAUUAUAUUGCACAUACAAUAUUUACAAGCAUCUAGUGUUUCUGGAUUUGUUAUCAUUUGUCUUAAGUGAUUAUGCUGUUUUACUAAUUUUCAAAACCUAUGAAAAGUGAGCCUUUGUGAUAUUUUUUCAGACAGUUUUUUCCAUUGAAAGAUGAACCUAAAUACUACGUAGAACAAGAAACAUAAACUCUUCAAUUUAAACGAAAAUAAAAUAUUUUUAAAAGUAUUUCGAAUAGAUACAAUAUGUUUUUAUCGAUAUAAGAAAACCUUUAAUUGUAUUUGAUAACAUAUAUUUAAUUUGACAAAGAAAUCUUUAAAACAAGGGUUGAAACUAUUUUGUAAUAACUACCAGAAUCAUAUAAAUGCAGUUUCGAUUUAAGAACCUUGAACUUGUCCCAAAAAUCAAUCUUUCUGAACAAUUAAACAACUAAAUGCCUGAUGAAACACCCCUUUGAUACAAAAUAUUGCACAGCAUCAUUGUUCACAACGAUUGAGAAUAAAGAUACAA